AUGAGAAUUUCAGCAGUAGUUGCCAGAAAUGCUAAAAACAUAGAAGAUGACAAGAAAAUUUUUCUUGAUGGUAGUCAACAACCAGCACAAGGACAAAAUUCAUUAUCCAUGAAACAAUCUGAAUUACCUGUUAGUCUGUUAAUGAAUAUUAUUGAGAAUUAUCAACGAACAAUAAUACAACUUGUUCAAUUCCAAGUUGACUUGUAUAAGAUAUAUUUUGAUGCGAAUCACCACGAUUUUAGGGGUAAGAAUAAAACCAAUAAUGAUGACGAUGACGACAAUAACAAUAAUGAUGAUAGUGAAAAUGUGGAAUAUAUGUCGAAUAGUGUUAUGAAUAAUGGUGAUGACAAUUUAUAUUUCUAUUAA